AUUCCAACAAUAUGAUAAUUUGAAUACAGAGGACAAGGUCAAAACACUUCAUAAUCUAAUUGAAUUCGUAAUACAUAGAGAUCUAAAAGAGAUGCGUUAUCACUUGUAUGAUGGCAAGCAAGUAAAGUGAUACUUAGUCUUUAAUUAUAUUAUUAUCUAAGAUCCCCCAUGAUGAAAACUGUGAAAAUAGAUUUAAAAGUGUGUGGUGUGUGUGGUGACAAAGCCCUAGGGUACAAUUUUAAUGCUAUAACAUGUGAAAGCUGUAAGGCAUUUUUUAGAAGAAAUGCUGUUAUUCAGAAACCCCUCAAAUGCCCAUUCAGUAAUCGAUGUGAUAUAACAACGUUAACAAGACGAUUUUGUCAAAAAUGUAGACUGGAUAAAUGUUUUUCUAUUGGAAUGUGUAAAGAUUUGAUAAUGUCGGAACAAGAUAAAGUCGCGAAAAGACAAAAAAUUGAAGAAAACAGAGUCAAACGACAGAAUAUGGGUAAUAUAAAAACAAAUUUCAAGAAGAUCAAAAGGGAAUAUGUAGAAUCAGAUUCUCUGCAAGAAAGUCAAUCAAAUACUGAUUCAGAUUCAAAUUAUACUAAUGCAGAUCAAGCAUCGCCUCGGCAACCAAGUCCUCAACAUACGUCACCUCCAAAUAUAUAUGAUUAUACAAAUAUAUCGUUAGAUUCUACAGAAAGCAGCAUUUCAUCUCCUGCUGAUAGAUAUAUAUCUUCCAAUGAUGAUAGAUCUGCUGGAAUGAAGGGUGACCAUGAAUCUUCUUAUUUUAAUAAAAAUAUUGAAAACGAUUCCCAUUGUGGUUCAAAUUUAAAUAUAAACAGUAAAAAUAAUAACACAUCAAGAUAUUCUAGCUGCAAUAAUGAUGUAAAUAGAAGCUCAAAUAGUGAUAAUACUGAAAAUUGUGAUCUUAUGCCAUCAGUAGACAUUUUUCAAGUAAUGAAUGAUGUUCAAAGUGUCCGGUCAGAAGAUAGUAGUCCUAUAGAAUCUAUCCUUUGUGAAGCAAUAAAAUUAGAGUUUCAAGCUUUUUCAUCAAUAUCACAUAAUCCCUCCAAUUCGCGCGAGUUGAACGAUGCGGAACGAGCCAAAUUGAACGAACUUAUAGUUGCUAAUAAAGCCUUUUUGAUACCCAUAGAUGAAGAAUUUGAAAAUCUGGUUGGCAGGACAAACUUUGAGAACUCCCAACAAAAGAUGGACGCAACUGUUUUAGUUGAUGUUAUAAAUUUAACAACGAUAUACGUAAGGAGAUUAAUAAAAAUGGUGAAAAAGAUAGGUGCCUUCAGAAAUAUGUGCCAAGAGGAUCAGGUGGCUUUAUUGAAAGGGGGUUGUACUGAAGUUAUGAUGCUGCGAAGUGCCAUGAAUUAUGAUACUAAGAUACAAAGUUGGCAGAUACCACAUUCCACCGAAAACUUCAGAGUUAAUUCCAAAAUUUUGAAAUUAAUUAACAAAGGAACUGCUUACAACGAACAUGAAAAAUUCAUCAAAACCUUUGGACCUCUAUGGAAAGGUGAUGAAAAUAUAAUUUUAAUAUUGUGUAUGAUCCUGGUAUUUUCACCUGACAGGCCUAAAGUGGUACACCAAGACGUCAUAAGGCUAGAACAGUUGUAUUUUCAGAAUGCAUACUUUUACCUUUUGCGGAGAUACCUGGAAAGUAUCCAUUCUGGGUGUGAAGCUAAAUCGCUUUUCUUGAAACUGAUGCAGAAGCUAACAGAAGUUCGAAGGGUGAAUGAGGAACUAAUUAGCGUUUAUUUAAAUAUUAAUCCCUCAGAAGUGGAACCACUACUAAUUGAAAUAUUUGAUUUACAUCGCUAGCUACGGUUUAUUAAAUUUAAAUUAGAAAAAUUUUAGUUCAUAAGGGGUCGGAUAAAAGAAACAUUCUACAAGGAGUCGUUAGACUAAAAUAAUCGGAAGGAAAAUAUCAACAUCGUUAUAUUUUUUUUAAUAUAACUUAAGCAAAAUAAUAUUUAGUAUAUUUUUGUGUUUUAUAUACUUUAGAUUAUAAACCGGAUUCGUUAUAUGGGACUCGCAGAAUGCUUAAUAUUUAUAUAAGAUAAAUUAUAAAUAGAAUUGUGAUCACAAAAUUCAUAAAACGUACAACUUUCAUUUUUGUGAAAAAAAAUCAAAAUCACAACUAAGUAUGUCUGAUCCAAAACCGAUAUUCUUUGUUUUUUGUAUAUUUACCUUUAACCCACAGACCUAAUUGUUCACAUUUCUAGAGUGAGCCUUCCACUUUCUAUGCUAUAACAACUGUUAGCCACAGUGUAGCGUAAAAUCCAAUCUCUUGCUUUCCAAGCAAACAUACGGUUGCAAUUGCUUUACUUAGAUUGGAAUCUAUGCGGGUUGAGCCAAAUGACUUUAAUUUUAACCAGGCCAGUAAAUACGAUUCAGAACUCGCAUGACGUUGUACUGCGGAGUGUAAAUUAUUCAAAUCUAAAUAUCCCUCUUUCAACGAAUUCCAGACUGAUAUUUAUCUGAAAACAAAAUGCACGGUCAACAGAAUAACUGAAAGUGCAAACUUCCGCACUAAUCCAAAGAUCUUCUUCAUGGUACGUUAGGACUUAGUCCUGUAUUUGAAUCACUGGUUGCCUAGCUGCAGCUGGGAUGAUAAAGACCAGCUUUCAUACUAUCUUGUAGGUGGUCGGUAUGUUUCGGUUUUUCUUUGCAAUCUGCUAACCUGUCGUCUGACAUUCUGUCCACGUUUCCCUUCGCCGAUUUCUCGCCCAUCUGACUACAUCCUGGAUGUUAAUUAUCUCCCUUAUUUCAUAAUUUCUCUUGUGGUCAUAUAAUGGUGUCCCGCUAUUCAGUAGCUCUUAAAGGCCGCUUAUUUAUGAUUCUCUGCUAAGGUCUCUAGAACGUAUAUCAUUACUGGUCUCACACAGGUAUAUACUGACUUUGUUCCUUGUAGUCAUAUUCCGCCAAAUUACAUCUCUCAGGGUACUCUGAUAUUAAUGUUCGCUCCUAGAUAUUUGAAUGACAUAACUUGUUAAACAUUCUGAUCUUAUAUUCCGAGUUUACAAAACGAACGUUAUACGUUUAAUGAAUUUUGUGCAUUACCAUAUCAUAACUCCGUAUUAUGUAAUGUAUUUUUUUAUUAUUACCAUUCCAUUUAAAAUAAAUUAUAUGCAAUAAUAUCCUCGCAAACGUACACAAUUUAAAUGUAAAUAAUAAUUAUUUUUAUUUUGUACAUAUUUAUUAACAGUGGAUUGUAUAAAACGUAAAAUUAAGGAAAGAAAAGCUCAAAAAGUUGAAACGAAUUUAUAAGAUUUAUUUGAAUGCGAAGUUGUUUCGUCCUUCGAUUAUAAUAAAGUAUAUAUCAGAGGUGGGGAACCUGCGGCCUUUAUAAAAUAUAACUCUAAUGUUAAUUAUCAUAUAAUUAUAUAUUACAAUUUAAAAUAUAAUAGAAUUACAUAAAACCGGUAUGUAUGUGAGUUUCUGUUGUCUACUUGUAGUAAUAGCCAAUUGCAUGUUUAGAAAAAGUUAGAACUGCCCCAGUACAAAAUGGUAAUACUGUCGCCGUCUUUUGCACCAAAAUAGAUGCAAACCUCUUGGGGUAAUGAGCAAGGCCGCUUGUUCUUGCCCCAAUUCUCUAAAGAGUCAUCUGGUGUCGGAGGUCUUCCAAGGACGAUGUCUAACUUUUAACGAGCUCAAUUCGAGAAGGAUCUUGUUCGAGGAAGUGAACCAGUCUGCCGUAGGAUCAAUUCGGUCACGUAUUUAUGCUAUUCCGCCUCUCUGGAUUCCUGACCGAACCGACCCAUGGCAAGACAAUACGCAUCACCAAAUCCUUUUUUAACACUAAAAUUAGAAAUCUGGAAAUAACUGUUGAAUAUACAUGUCUACGAGAACAUGCACGCCAUUUACUUUCUUGCUUUGGAAGUACUUACAACAUUUUCUCUCGUGAAAAAAAUUAAAACAAGUUUAACACGUUCACUGCCAAGGCAAUUUUCACAAUUCGAUUUAACCGUAUUAGAUCAUUAAAAUAUUAAUUUAAAUACAAAGUUCUCUCUAAAAGGUAUGAAAAAUGUAUGUUUAAAAAAAUUUAUUUCUUAGUUGAAUUAUGUAGAAAAAUCUCUUCGGAGGGUAAAUUAUGAGCUAUUUCGUAGUCGGCAGUCAACGUGUUAAGAUGUAUGUACAUUUAGAGUAUCAAUGAAAGUUGCGUGUUGCAAAGCUUGAUCGAAAUAUACAAUUACUUUCAAAUAAAAAAUAAAAAACAAAGUUAAUUAAGUCACUAACUUACAAGAUUAAAAAAAUAUGUUAUAUUGUAAUUUUGCGAUUUUUAUUAUUGUAUUUUAUUUAUUCUAUAUAAUACAAUAAAUUGAUAAACAUAUACAAAACUAUAAUAACUUUACAAAAAUCACUUUCGCAGGCAAAUCAGUUUAUGCGGCUUCUCUCUGCUUAAUUUGAAUGCUUUAAUGGUGAAAAGGUUUCCCACUUAUGGUAUAUACUAUAAAAAUACAUGUAUUAUAAAUCAAAUUUUAUCAAAUCAACUUUUUCUACAAAACAAAAUUGAAAGAAAUUGUUUUUUUUUUGUAUGGUAGAUUUAGGAUUCAGUUUAUCAAUUUGAUUGACAAAUAUUAUUGUUUUUCCAUUAUUUAGUUUAUUUCAAAAAUAAAAUUGUUUUUAAAAUA